AUUUUGUUGUUUUAGUGAUCAUUGGAAAGAAUAAUACAAAAAAAAAAAAGGAAAUCACAAAGUUAAACCCAAGACCUAUAGAACCAUUCAAAUAUCCUAUGAUGAAUUUUAAAAAGAAGGAACAACCUUCUCAUCAAUCUCAAGAAAUAAUUAAUCAUAAGAUAACUCGAUCUUCUUACCAAUCCCAAGUAAUAUUAUAUACAAAGGACAAUGAACAUAAAGAAUGA